AUGUCAGUUGAUGUUGUUCCUAAAGACUUAAAAAAUCUCAGAGCUUGUCUCGUUUGCUCUUUAAUUAAGACUAUGGAUCAAUUUGAAUAUGAUGGAUGUGAUAAUUGUGAUGAAUUUUUAAGAAUGAAAAAUAAUAGAGAAAAUAUUUAUGAUUGCACUAGCUCUAAUUUUGAUGGAAUGAUAGCUCUUAUGAGUCCAGAGGAUAGUUGGGUAGCCAAAUGGCAAAGAAUUAAUAGAUUUGUGAAAGGUGUUUAUGCAAUUUCUGUUGCUGGAAGGCUUCCACCACAUAUUAUAAGGGAUAUGAAAAACAGAGGCAUUAUUUACAGACCCAGGGAUACAAGUCAAAGAUAA